UGACCAGUAGGCGGCGCUAAAACACAGAGAAAAGGCUGUAGCUCUGACCUGGAAGGAUUCAGAGCUUCACACGGAUGUUGAGUCACUGCAGCACCAACGUGCUAACGGUAAAGCACCUGGCAGCCAAAGCCGUGUGCAGCCAUGUGGCCUGUCGUGUGGACAGCGUUGCGGACCUACGCUCCGUAUGUCACCUUCCCUGUGGCGUUUGUGGUCGGAGCAGUGGGAUACCAUCUGGAGUGGUUUAUCAGAGGGACCCCCAAACCUCGGGAGGACGAGAAGGGCAUCCUGGAACUCAGAGAGGAGCGAAAGCUGCAGGAACAAGUGGGCAUGGACAGCACCCAGGUGCUCAGCCUGAAAGAGAAACUUGAGUUCACCCCUAAAGCAGCUCUAAACAGGAACCGAGCUGAAAAGAGCUAACUGACAUUGGUGCGAUAGACUUUUAUCCUGUCAGGAGGAGAAUGCACUGGGAACACACGGUGAAUCAGAGGGGAAAAUCGCUCGUUCUUUCUACUCACUUCAGCCAUACUUUUCCACUCUUCAACACCAAAAAGCAUCAGCUUCCCCGGGCGAACACUGGACACUUCAGUAGUUGGAGUAAAAUUAAAUACCAUAUUCUUUGUCUUCUGUUAAAUCAAAUCAAUCUUAUAUGUGCUGUAUGUGAUUCUCUGACCAGCCAGUUGAUUGGUGCACGUUAGCUUAUGUGAUUGUACCUGAAGCUUGCCACUGUAAUUAGAACACCCUCAUUGUGGAACAUUGGGUGUUCCAACUUUCUGAUCAUGCAGCGAAAGGAAGAACACUGUUUUAUUUAAACCUUGUUGUGGCGCUGUGACACCAAUUUUUAAUGUGACUUUUUUCGUGAAAUCACUUUUAUGUCAUCUCAUAAAGUUUGAUUUUCAUGGUACAAACCUCCCACAAAGUGUUUUUUUUCUUCCUAAACAUGUUCUGUACUUUAAGAAGGGACCUCUGGUUGUGCACAUAAAGCGGAAAAGAAACACAGGCCUUUGUUGUAGUUCUUUUUAUCUCCCGUAACCUUGGUUAGUAUGUGACAAAAUAAGCCAGCAGUGUGGGAGGUCCCUCAAGAAGUUUAAGCUGCUUAGUCGUAUUGUCUGGAGCAUGCACAUGCACAGUACUUUCAUUUUCGAAAGUUUGGAUGGUUUGCACACUGCAAGUUUCAACUGUGCGUGUUACUGAAAAUUAUGAAUGAAAAGGAAAAUCGUGGUUUUAUGCUGAAAGUGCCUGAUUGAUGUUUCAAUCAAUGUUGGAAUCCUCUCUCAAGAAUUAUUUAAAGGGAAAUUUAUUCUAGCCAAAUAAUAAAGCUUUGAGUCUCA